GGGCCAAACGUAAAAUCGUAGAGGAUGAGUAUGAUGAGUUGAAUAACUAUCUUAAACGAAUUAGAGAGGGACCUUCACCGUCAGAAUAUGCUGGAAGAGGAAAUAAAGGCUGGCCUUCUGGACAGCUCGGUGAAGAUCCUUUAUACUUAAUUCACCGCCCGGCUUCUGCGUCUGGAAAUCCUAUUACAAUCUAUCAUCCAAUAUUUGAGAACUUUGUGAAAGAUUGCCGAACUGCUGUUCCCACACAGGAAACCUACGAUCAUGUUGUAGAACUUACCGAAAGCAUGUCUGGUGCGUUCCGUAAUGAAGAUUUACGAACAGACGAGUUUCACUGUUUGCUAGAAAAGUUUAAUAUAAUAGUCAACAGAAUUGGUAACGAUAAGUUCAUAACGGAUGGUACCGCGUUGGCCGGAGAUGGAUGUUUUUUUGUUAUCAAUGUUGAAGUGAAGCCUGAACUUGGGGAAGGAAAUGGCUGUCCGUAUAUUCAGGGCAUUGUAUAUUACGGGAAGAAAGUAGCUCAGUAUCUAGAGACAAGGAAAGAACAACGGACACGUUUGCCUU